AUGAGUGCCUCUGUCUUUUUGGACACAUUGCGUAAACAUGACUUGGACCAUUUCUAUCCGACAUUUUCCACUCACGGCAUCACGCAACUUCAAAACCUGUGUCAGCUGUCAGUACAAGACUAUGCAGCACUCGGCAUCACGGAUAUUACUGACCGACGUAAAAUCUUUGGCUUGAUCCAAAUGUUACGGAAAGAGGCACCACCGUUGAAAAUCAUGACUUCUGCAUCCACGCUCACUACAACGGCAGCAACAAAUACAAGUGGCCUGCGCAAACCACAAGCGUAUCCCAGCAUGCGCACUACCAGCACCACGGCAACCAGCAUGUAUAGCAACAGCAGUAACGAUUAUCCGAUAUCGCCUAGCAACGCAUAUACAAGCCGGUUGCCACAGCCACCCAGUUCGCCUGCACAGGAUCAUACCCAGCGAUAUAGCAGUAAAAACAAUGCACGGCUCAGGCGUCAAAGUAUUAUCUCCAUGCAACCAAGCCCGUCAACAACACCCAAACCAGAACGACACGUGCGUAGUCGAACCAUGUCGGACGCUGGCCAUACAGGACUACCUCGUGCUUCGCGUAAUAACAACAGCAACCAUAGUAACCGAACAGACCUUCGCAGAUCGGUGUUAACGACGGCACCAUCGUCGUCCAAAUCAUCCUCGGAUGAUGAAGAGGAUGAAGACGACACCAGUGCUCGAAGGUACCGCGCUUCUGCACCUCUCUUGAAUGCCUAUGGCGUCCCUAUGUCGCCUUCUGCAAUGAAGGCGCGAGCCAGCAUGGGUGCACUCAGAUUUGCAGCAUCCCAGUCGACAGCUCUAUCGUCAGUGUCCGAUCUUCCACCCAGUGAUCUGAAUCAGAAAAUCCGUGUGUGUGUGCGUAAGCGGCCACUUAGCAGAAAGGAUUUGGAACGUGCGGAAAAGGAUAUCAUCAAUGCGAUUGGGACUCGGAGCUUACAGAUAAAUGAGCCAAAGUUAAAGCUAGAUCUGACAAAGUACAUCGAUCAGCACAAAUUCACAUUUGAUGAUGUUUUUGAUGCUGAUGCCAAAAAUACUUCUAUAUACGAACGGACUGCACUUCCGCUUGUCCGAUACAUCUUCCAAGGCGGAAAAGCAACAUGCUUUGCAUAUGGUCAAACAGGUUCCGGUAAAACAUUUACUAUGCUAGAUCCGCGUCAUGGUCUAUACGUCAUGGCAGCUCGUGAUAUCUUUACUGCAUUGCGUACACCCGAAAACCAACACUUGUCGGCAUGGAUUGGAUUGUAUGAAAUAUACCAAGGACAGCUGUACGAUCUGCUCAACAACCGCAAGAAAUUGUUUGCGCGAGAAGAUGGAAAGCAAAAUGUCAUUAUAUCCGGGCUCAAGGAAUUUCCCAUUGACAAUGUUGAUAAACUCGUUCAAAUUUUUGCAUAUGGAAAUCAAAUUCGUAGUACAGGAUCGACCGGUGCAAACGAUAGUUCUUCAAGAUCGCAUGCCGUUUUACAGAUACUUUUGAAACCUAAAAAGAAUAGAAAGCUUAUACAUGGCAAAUUGAGCUUUAUUGAUCUUGCCGGCUCUGAGCGUGGUGCUGAUCGAGGUGAAUCAGAUACAAAAACGAGGAUGGAAGGCGCUGAAAUUAACAAGAGCUUACUCGCCUUGAAAGAAUGUAUCCGUGCACUGGAUCAAGAUAAACGACAUACUCCGUUCAGACAAAGCAAAUUGACUCAGGUCCUCAAAGAUUCCUUUGUCGGCAAUUCUCGUACAUGCAUGAUCGCAACCAUUUCACCUGGAGGGUCGAACAGCGAGCAUACCUUGAACACACUGCGUUAUGCCGAUAGAGUGAAGGAACUCAAGGGAGAACGAGAUCGACGAGCACAGCUCGAGAAAACUAACAGUCGAAAUGGACCGGACGAUGCACCAUGGAUGAUCGAUACAUCAACACAUCACCAUAGCCAUAAUCAUCAUAGUAAUAACCACCACCAUCAAAUAAGUCGGACAAGCAGUAGCACACAGGAUGAUGGCGAAGACGAUGAUUAUUAUGCGUUUGAUGACGAUGAUGACGAUGACGAUGAUGUUUAUAGCAACGAUUCGGAUUUCUUAAAUGAUGACGAUAUCGAUGGUGAAAAUAUAUUUGAUGUUGAUUUCCCACACGAGCAAGAUGCCUUUAUCAACUCGUCUUCCACCUUACCAUCAACUUCUGCGUCAUCUCUUCAACAGCAACAACAACAAAAACCUUUACAAAUGGGCUUUUCCUACAAUACUACACAACAGUACCAACAACAACAACAGCAGCAGCAGCAACAACAGGCUGCUUAUUAUACCAGGAAUCCACAGCAACAUCCUUAUCCAAAUCUUACCGAGCAACUGAACCGCUUUAGCAUAAACGAAGAGCAACAACAAUCACCAUCCCCAAGCGCUCUUGAAGACGAUCUUCACUUUGACCGCUCACAAAUGGAGGGUAUGAUCAAAGUACAUCGAGCACAGAUACGAGAAGUGACGGAAUGUACCAAACUAGAGACAAAGUUGGCAGGUAAAAUGUCGACCUUCCUGUCCAAUCCAGAUUAUGACGAUGACGAUAUCACCCGGAGCAGCCAGUUUCGAGAUUACUUGCGUGAUCUAGAUGAAAUCUUGGAGCUAAAGGCUGCGGCGGUCGAAGCGCUUCGGGAUCGUAUCAAUGACACUGUUAGUGACAUUCAAUUGUAG